AUGGAUGUUCAAGCGGAUACAUCGGCAGUAGUAGAUGAUGAGAAUUUACCUUUACUUAAUUCCGAAAAUGCAUUAGACGUAUCCAUCAGAACAAGACCAUCCAUGUCAUGGAUUAUGGCUGCAGGUCUUAUUGUUAAUGCAGCUAUGGGUGCUGGUCUUCUGAAUAUAGCCAAAGCUUAUGAUGAUGCUGGUGGUAUAUUUAUUAGUUCAAUUCUUCACGCAGUUGUUGUAAUUUUGGUACUUGGUGCUUAUGCUAUCUUGUUUGUAUGUUGUGAUCAAUCGAUAUCAUCGUAUGAAGCAUUUGUUCUCAUGAAAUGUGGAAAAGUUUGGCAAAGAAUCUGUUCUGUUUGUAUUAUAUUAUAUAUGUAUGGCUUAAGUAUAACUUUUUUUAUUAUUAUUGGAGAUCAAUUAGAUCGAUUUCUUACAUUUUUCGAUCCACUUUUUUGUCGACAUUGGUAUUUUGAUCGUCGAUUUACAAUACCAAUUACAUCAUUAUUACUUAUAUUUCCAUUAUGUUUUUCAAAAACAAUUAAAUUUCUUCAAAUUCCUAGUAUGCUAGGGGCACAUGUAAAUGCUGUACCAGUUUUUCUUUCAUUAAAAAGUCGUGCUGAUUGUAUUAAAGCAACAAUAACAUCAACAAUAGUUCUUAUUCUUAGUUAUGGUUUCGUAGCUGUUUGUGGUUAUCUUACAUUUGGUACUAAAGUUGAUCAUGAUAUUUUAAUGUCUUAUCAGCCAAUAUCAUCCGUUGUACUUAUUGCUAUAAUUAUGGUAGCAAUUAAAACUUAUACAGCUUAUCCAGUAAAUUUAUUUUGUGGACGAACGGCAAUUGAUUCAUUAUCAAAGGAAUCAACAACAUCAUUGAUAGCUACUGAUCCAAGACAAUCAAUAGAAGGUCGAAUUUUAAUUGUUUGUCUUUGGUUUUUUUCAACAUUAGCUGCUGCAGUUUUUUUACCAAAUAUCUCCAUAGCAAUACAUUAUUUAGGUGCGCUUGCAGCAAGUUUCAUAUUUAUAUUUCCAGGUCUUUGUUUAUAUUUUCAUAUUGAAGAAAAAUGGAUUAACUCAUGGGGAAAUAUUAUAUCGAUAUCUAUUGCUAUUUUUUAUGUUGCAAUUGGAGUAUUUGUUACUGUAUUAACAUUACUUCAAUCAUUAAUAUCUGAUAUUAGUGCUAAAGAAACUAGUGCAACAAAAACAUGUUAA